UGGAUUUAUAUAUAGCUUCAUCAUCGCGUGCUUUAUCAAUUCCAUCAUCCAUCUAUCCAACUCCCACAGCCGAUCAUCUCAUCACUGCGCGCAUAACUUCAAAUUCCCGCCUUAGACACCAACUCAACCAUGAAGCUCAUCUCCACUCUGAUCGCCAGCUCGCUGGCCCUGGCAGCCUCCGUCCAGGCUAGAGAUUGCACUGCGGGUAUGAACUACUGCUGGGGUGUCCUGGAUGACAUCGAUCCCCGAUAUAACGCGUUAAUGGACGCUGCGAUCAAGCAGAAGUACGGCACCAACUGGUGGUCCUUUGUCGACACCAAGGACAAGUUUUUGUACCGCUGCGAGCCGGGCGGUGGCAUCAGUAUUAUCACCGGAUGCAGCUGGGGGUGCGUCAAUAAUGGGGCUGGACAAAGUGAUACUUGCCGGUUUCAGUGAGAUUGCCUCGUGUGCAGCUAGCUCUGUAUUUGGCAAGUGAGGAUUGGCUGGUGGGGGAGACAGAGCCUAGCAAAGAUCGGGUUGUCUUUGAUUGACGCAUGUUUGGGUAGUGAUGGUGGUCGUGUUUUGGUGAUGGUGAUGGCAAUGCUGGCAUCGAUGAAUGGCAGGUUCUUUGCUAGGAUGUAGUACGUGUGCCCAAACUACUUACCUACAAUCAACCAGAAUUUGUCACUAAAAGGAUGCGUCAAAGAGUGUUUGUUA